AGAGAGAGAGAGAGAGAGAGAGGGAGAGAAGACAGUCGAAGUAAAUAAAGAGGAAAGGAUAAAUUAAAAACGAAUGCUUUCGUUUCGUAUAAACGAACUAAGGAAAAAACAUUUUCAAUUCGUUUCCCACAUUUCUCAGUUUCUCAUCUCUCUCUCUCUGCUUUGAUUUUCUUUUCUUUUCUACCAAACAGCCUCUGGUUCUCCUUGUUAUUUAGCUUCUAGCCUCGAGGAGAAUCUAACCAGAGAGGAUUUGAACCCUCGAUACAAAGCAAACAAAAACCCAGCAAAAAAAAAUGUGGGAUCUCAAUGAUUCGCCUCAUCAAUCACAAAUCGCCGAUGAAUCAGACGGAUUCUGCUCGUCUUCUCCUGGUAAACGGGUCGGAACUUUUUCCAAUUCGAGCUCCUCCGCCGUCGUCAUCGAGGACGGAUCCGACGACGAAGACGCUAACCGGGUCACAACCAACCCGGCCGGCAGCCGGAUUUUCGGGUUCCACGUGGACACCGACCGGCCGGUCACCAGACAGUUCUUCCCGGAGGCGGAGGGCAGCGGCGGAGGAGGCCCGGCUUCCCCGGGUGCCCACUGGUUCGGGGUGAAGUGCUCUCAGUCGGAUCUAACCGGUUUGGCUAAACCGUCCGAACCAGCUCAGCCGCUGAAGAAGAGCCGCCGUGGACCCCGGUCCAGGAGCUCUCAGUACCGAGGUGUCACAUUUUACCGGCGAACCGGAAGAUGGGAAUCUCAUAUCUGGGACUGUGGGAAACAGGUUUAUCUAGGUGGAUUCGACACGGCUCAUGCAGCUGCUCGGGCAUACGAUAGAGCAGCUAUCAAAUUCCGUGGAGUAGAAGCUGAUAUCAACUUCAGCAUUGAAGAUUACGAAGAUGACCUGAAACAGAUGAGCAAUCUAACAAAGGAGGAGUUCGUGCACGUACUUCGCCGACAAAGCACAGGCUUUCCUCGGGGAAGCUCCAAAUACAGAGGAGUCACUUUGCACAAGUGUGGCCGUUGGGAGGCUCGAAUGGGCCAGUUCUUGGGCAAAAAGUACGUUUACCUCGGCUUGUUCGACACCGAAAUCGAAGCUGCUAGGGCUUACGAUAAAGCCGCGAUUAAGUGCAAUGGGAAAGAGGCUGUGACCAACUUUGAUCCCAGCAUCUACGAUGACGAGCUCAACGCCGAAUCUUCGGGUAAUGCUGCGGCGGAUCACAACCUCGACUUGAGUUUGGGAAGUUCGGCCAAUUCCAAGCAAAAGAGUCAAGAAAUGCGGAUUAAGAUGAGCCAGCAGCAAGAACAACAACACAGAUUCGGUCACAACACUUCAGUGCUUAAUCUUACUCCUCAAGCUGCAAAUCAUCAAUUUCCGGGCAGCAGCAACACUGGCGGCGGAGGCGCCGGAGAAUUCUCGCGUUUUCCGGCGACGGCGAACGAUCACCGGUUUGAUCGGACGAACCAAGUGUAUGCAAAUGCUGCAGCAUCAUCAGGAUUCUCUCCUAAUAAUCAUCAUCAGAUUUUCACUUCUCACCAAAAUUGGCUGCAGAGCAAUGGGUUCCAUCCUUCACUCAUGAGACCUUCUUGAUCCUUCUACUCUCUCUCUCUCUCUCUUUUAAGCUUAAUAUUUUCUAAAAUAUUCCAAAAACCUUUCUUUUUCAUGAGAAAAAAAAAGGAAAGAAACCCUAAAUCUAAGAAGACCCAUAUGGCCGUGGUCAUUGAUUUCCCGUAAUGCAUUAAUUUCGGUCAUGCCCUUUCUUUUCUUUUCUUUUUGGGUUUUUGCAAAACCCUUGAUUAGGCCAUGAAAUUUUCUCGGGAAAACGAUGGAAAUUUUUUUCCCGGUUGUAUGGGGAAACGGCGUUGAUGGGUUGGCCUUGAAACUGUUAGACGGACGAUAUUUUUAUUUUCUCUGUGUUUUUUUUUUUAUUAAUUGUUGUUAUCUAUGAAUACAAUAUAAUAGUAUUAUUUUAUCGUGGAAUGGAUAAAUCUGAUUUUAGCUG